GGUGUUUCCAGCUGAUCCGCACAACAGAAGGACCCGAGUCUCCCUCAGCAGCCCGACGUUCCUGCUCCUUUCUCCGGUACCGCAGCAGAGCAGCCCGGUUGCCGGUACCGGUCCCCGGGAGUCCGCAGCCUCCCUCCCGCGCUGCCGCUCACCGUCCGUUAGCUACCGUGAACCGGGGCCGUCGGUAGCUGUUGGCCCGGACUGUCAUGAUCCCAGCUCGGAGAUGGCGUCCUUCCCCGGUUUGUGUAAGACUGUCGGUCCAACGGAGGAAGAGAACGGAGAGCUGGACGGGUCUCUGCAGCAGAUGCUGAAGGCCAUCACCGACGAGAGGAACCGACUCAACGUCCGACAGGAGAUUAGCGGGCUGGGUUGCUUUAAGGAUGACCGCAUCGUGUUCUGGACCUGGAUGUUCUCCACGUACUUCAUGGAGAAGUGGGCUCCUCGACAGGACGACAUGCUGUUCUACGUCCGCAAGAAGCUCGCCUACGUCAGCGGCGACAACAGCGAGGGCAAAAAGGUGGAGGUGGAGGUUUACAGGAGAGACUCCAAGAAGCUGCCCGGCCUCGGUGACCCAGACAUCGACUGGGAGGAGAGCGUCUACCUGAACCUCAUCCUGCAGAAGUUGGACUACGUGGUGACGUGUGCCGUCUGCACACGCUCAGACGCAGGAGAUAUCCACAUCCACAAGAAGAAAUGUCAGGAAGUGUUUGCGUCUCCCAGCAAACACGCCAUGGACAGCAAAGGAGAGGAGUCCAAGAUGAGUUACCCAAACAUCUUCUUCAUGAUUGACAACUUUGAGGAGGUGUUCAGUGAUAUGACGGUGGGCGAGGGGGAGAUGGUGUGUGUGGAGCUGGUGGCCAGCGACAAGAGCAACACCUUCCAGGGGGUCAUCUUCCAGGGCUCGAUCCGCUACGAGGCCCUUAAGAAGGUCUACGACAACCGGGUGAGUGUUGCUGCUAAGAUGGCUCAGCGGAUGUCUUUUGGCUUCUACAAGUACAACAACAUGGAGUUCGUGAGGAUGAAGGGUCCGCAGGGCAAAGGUCACGCGGAGAUGGCCGUCAGCAGGGUGCCGACAGGUGACACCUCGCCCUGUGGCACCGAGGAGGACCAGGUGUCACCCAUGCACGAGAGGGUGACGUCCUUCAGCACACCUCCGACCCCAGAGAGGAACCGUCCCUCCUUCUUCUCUCCGUCUCUGAGACGCAAAGUUCCCAGAAACAGGAUCGCAGAGAUGAAGAAGUCUCACUCCGCCAACGACAGCGAGGAGUUCUUCAGGGAGGAGGAAGACGAAGAUCUUCACACCGCCACCAACCUCCGCUCUCGCUCUCUGUCGGGGACCGGCCGCUCUCUGGUCGGCUCCUGGCUCAAACUCAACCGGACCGAGGAUUACUUCCUGCUCUACUCCCACCUGACCUACGUCACCCUGCCGCUGCACCGCAUCACCGCAGACAUCCUGGAGGUGAGGCAGAAGCCCAUCCUGAUGACAUAGCAGAGCCGGACUCCCCCCUCAGAGCAUCACUACCAAGUGCCUCCUGCAUCAGGCCACUGAGACGACAGCGGCGCCCCCCGGUGUCCGGAACCGAGACCGACAACCAAACACCUGCUCCAGCUGGACGCGAGUCCGUCAGAGGGACAAACAAAAAACCAGCCAUUCGAGAAGUGCCUCUUCUUCUUCUUUUCAGUUCCCCCGCUUGUGUCCGAGUGGUCGUCUCCGUGGGAACGGGCCCGGCGUCGGGAUCACAUGACCUCAGUGUGAGAAGGCAUUGGCUGAACUCUGACCAGGAAGUGAAGAAUGUGUGCUUUCUUGUAAAUAUCCUGCUGCUUUACUCACUGAGACGCCUCCGAAGGUUCUGCUUCAACCACACGUUCUGCUCGGCUCGUCGUGGACUUUAGUUCCUGUUUCUUUUUUUUUAGAUAUUUACUACGACACAAAGAGUUAACAGGAAAAUUGGGGUUUUUUUGUACGAGAGGAAACCGUAAACGUAGACAGCUUCACUCUUAACAGCAGCCGGUCAAAUCAUCUCGUUUAUUGAGACAUUGACUAACAGGAAGAGGACGACCAGUUCUUUUUAUUCACAGACAUUUUCAUCAAUUACUCGUUUUAUCUCUGAAAUGUCAGAACAAGAUUUCUUGUUGAUUUAAAAACUGUUCCAGAAGUGCUUCAGUACCAACGAAGAAGAAGCACACGCGAGAACAAACCAGCAGCUACUUCAGUGUUUUGUGAUAAUCAGCUGAUUCUUUGUGCUCAGAUUAACUAAUGAAAGUCAGUGUUUAAUAAACGCUUCACACACAAUUAGGUAGAAUAUUGAUUACUUCAAAGGAAGCUGAUUGAUAAUAAACCAAAAUAGUAGUAAAAAGCACCAUUUUAUCCUCAUAAAUGAACCUUUUCUCACUUUAGUUUCUAAUAGUUCGAGCUACAAGUUAAAGUACAAGCAAAUAUUCAAACUCCAAUUGAACUCAAAUGAUUGAUUAGUUCCUGUCAAACGCCUAAAUCAGCUGAUUGUAUCAGUCGUAGCUGGAUGUUUAUCCACUGAUUCAAAUAAAUAACCACAGCAACAAACAGGAAAUAACAAACGGAGCUCGAGAGACGUUAUUAUUGUUAUUCUAGCUCCUCCCGUCUCGUAGAGGGCGGGAAACGCUCAAAGAAAACAACGUUGUGUCUAAUCGGAGUCUAGAGCUGCAACAAUUAGUCGAUGAAUCAGAUGACCCUUUCUAAGUAAAUAAAUUAGCAACUAUUUUGAUAGAAUUUUUCUUUAAAAAAUGACUUAAAACAAUUAAUCUGAGAUUUCAGCUUCUCAACGUGAAUAUUUUCUUGUUUCUUUCGUCCUCCGUAAACUGACGAGACAUUUGAGGACGUCAGAUUGGGCGUCGAGAAACACUGAUCGACAUUUUUCACCAUUUUCUGACCAAAUAAUUAAUUAAUGGGGAAAAUGAUCGACAGAUUAGAGAUUAAUCGUAUCCUGUAAAAUACGUUUAAAGGAGCUCAAAGAAAGUGAAGUUUGGACUACAGACACAGUUCAGUCCCGACUGCUGAAGUACUGACGACCUUUUCUGUUACAAACUCUGAAAGUUGUUAUUUUUUUGUUCGUUUGGUCACUUCGGAUGUUUUUGAAUUCCAACCCCGAGCCGACGGAUCCAUCGACUCCAUCGUGUCGGAUUUUCACCACAAAAUAAUCCAGCUUUGACUUUUUACUGCGACUCCGAAAACUGGAAGUGACUUGAAAAAAAAAAAACUGCUGAACGUGAAGAUGAUUUUAAAGGGAAUUUAAGAAGAAGCCCCAAAAAUAAAAACUGGAACUCUUCAUUAAAAAAAGAGGAAGUUCCAAAAGGAAGCGACGUGAUUGGCUGAAGAUGUUUGUUGUUACAGUGACUCGUCUGGUUUUUCUCCCUCUGUGCUCCUGAAGCCUUAAAUCUUUCUGACUGUACGUAACUUUAAUGUUUCUUCAUGUUCAUUUAAACGAACAACCAGCCGAGGCUUCCGUAGGUCAGAGACAUCGGAGUUCAUGAGGCAGAAAUCAGUCGAUGUGAUCAGAAAUAAAUGAUCAAAAACAAGUUCCCGCAGUCUGUAAAGAGGAUUAAUCAGCUAAUUUCUGUUUUCUUUGCUUGAAAAAUAUACUUUAAUAUUAAUUUAUCUUAUUUUAUGACUUAAUUCUCAAAUAUAACUAAGAAAACAUUUAAAAAUUACAGUAAGAAUUCAGAAUAUUGAAGAAUAAAAUUAAUUUUACGUGAAAAUGUAAAACUUUUUCAUAAAGUCGAACCUAAACUCUAAUAUUAUGAAUUCUUUAGAUUUUCAAAUGUUCAAAUAGUAAAAGUGAGGAAAAAAAUCACAAUUUAAGAAUAAAGAAUUUUUUAAUCUUUGAUCAUAUUUCACCACUUUUGGAUACUGAAAAUCAUCAAUUAUUAAAUAUAACCAUAAGAAGACGCAGUAAGAAUUCAGACUAUAAAUAAAAUAAAAUAAAACGUAUUUUACGCAAAAAUGUAACAAACCUGAAUUAUAAUAUAAAUGGUUUUGAUUUUGAUGUUUCAGUAGUAAAAUGUAUGAAGUUAGUCAUAAUGACAUUAAAUUAUAAAUAAUUUUACGAGUAGAAAUGUAGAAGAGAAAGCAUUAACAAUAUUAACAAAACCAGAACUUUUACUUGCAUAAUGACUCAUAAAAUUUGACUUUUAAAUCACAAAAUUUUACUUUUUUUCUCAAAAUCUGAAGCUUCUUUGGUAUUUUUCAAUAUUCAAGCACCUUGUAAAAGGGUUCUUGAGAAAAUAAUCUGUAAAUUACUUAAAUUAUUUACUGAUUAUUGGGGUUGUCGCUGAAAUUUGAUUCAAUUUAAAUUGAAAAUAAAAUAAAAUUUCAGAAUAAAAUGCAGAUUAUUGUAAAUACAUUUGACAUUUUUAAAUUUAUGGACCAAGGAAAAUAAAACCUCCGUACUCUUUACAUAAAGCACAGAACAGUACGAGGGUUGCAACUAAUAAUUCUAUUUAUUAUUGAUUACUCAGAUUGAUCCAGUUAUUGGUUGUUUAUAUAAAUGUCUUAAAGUAUUGAUCAUCAAUAAUCUGCAGAGGAAACUGUCGCUGAUUUCUGUGUUUCACGAGUCGACGUUUGAGGAGAAGUCAGCCAGCUGCUGUUGUUGUUAUUGAUCAGUUAUUAUCAGUGAUUGAUUUGCACUCAGAGACGAAGCCAUCCUCGAUCAAAGUCAGUCCGCAGUGUUUUUUCCUCCCUGUGAAAGGUUCCACGGGGCACUUCCUGUUUCAGUUGGACGAGCCGAUCGUCUCCUCAGUGUUAUUGAUGAUGUAGUUUGUAGUUCCUCCGGCUGAAUGUAUCCACGCUGAUCAAUAGCAGACGGCUUUAAACUGAGAAACAUUUGAAGAGACAGUUUGCACUGUAAAACGCUUUUAGAACCUUUUUGAAACCGGUUUGUUGGAACCUUUUUGUUCUUACGUCAGUUUAACGCUCAUCGUGGCUUUUUGUACACGGACACAGUUAAUGUGCAUGUUCACUCAAACACUUCUGUUUCAGACUCUACGUACAUUUUACUGUAUUUAUUUAUUGAAAUACACAUUACCAGAAAAACUGA